AUGGGGCCGAGGUGCACCGCUACUGCUGCGAAGGCAUCGGGGCAAGAUCCGGAAAGCCCGCGACAUGCCGCAGCUUCAUCCAGCGAGAGAGCUGAGAACCCGGAGGACGGACACUCCCGGUUGGUGGAAUUGGAGACGAAGGUCUCUUCCCUGGAAUCUGAGAUCACGGGGCUGAAUUCGGAGUUGGACGAGUGUCGGCACGUGAUUCAGGAGAUGGCUGGCGUAUUCGGAAACGACAGCAUUGCCGAUAUGCGGCGUGACAUGGAGCAGAUGUCCAUUCAGAUUGGACUGCUCCAGCGUGCAGUGGGUAGCACACCUAUGGUUGCUCACGACCCCGGUGCUAGGCUUCGAAUACCAGAACCGAAGGCCUAUAGCGGUGAGCGUGAUGCGAAGGAGGUCGAGAACUUCCUCUUCGACAUGGAACAGUACUUCCUUGCGGCAGACGUGCGGGACGAGGCAAGGAAGGUUGCGACUGCGACCAUGUACCUAACUGGUGACGCAAAGCUGUGGUGGCGGACCAAGUUUGCGGAAAUCCAGGCUCAUCAAAUACAGCUCGACACGUGGGCUCUUCUACGGGAGGCGAUCAGAGAGCAGUUCUUCCCCGAGAAUGUGGAGUACAAUGCCAGGAGGGCAUUGCGAAAGCUUGAACAUACAGGUUCCGUGCGGGAAUAUGUCAAAGCUUUCUCAGCGCUGAUGCUGAACAUCCGAGACAUGUCGGAGGCAGACAAGCUGUUCACUUUCAUGGAAGGCUUGAAACAGUGGGCGAGAAACGAGUUGCAGAGGCAACGAGUGACUGAUUUGAGUUCGGCUAUUAUAGCGGCCGAACGCUUGGCAGAUUUCAACCUGGAGACUCAGAAGGAUAGGCAAGCGACGCCUAGUCCUGAGCGGAGUAAGUGGAAUGGGAUGAAAUCGUUCAGAAAUAAUUUCAAUAGAGGUGGGGGAGACCAGAGGCCCUACUCUCAGAAUGGCUCACAGGGCGGUUCAAACAGGAACAAGCCCCAGGAGAACAAGCAGGGAGCACCCGAGAGGAGGUGA